CCUUAGCUCGGGUCCUUUUCCAGCAUACCCGGAAGCUACAGAGAUGGAGAGAGAGGAACAGAACAAACAAACAAUGCGCUCAUCCACAACAUUGAUAACUCUACGUCUCUGUUGAAUUUGGAAGACGAUGGCAGCUCGUACAUGACAGUGUGGUCCCCAACAGAUUUUACUGGUCAAAACUGGGUUUGGACAAAGAACCAGGAAUGAUUCACUUGGAGACAAGUGUUUCUGACAGACGAUCCCAGUAUAUAACAUGUAAGCUGCAGAACUGCACAGAGGCCAACAAAGGCAGGCCUUUCCCUGGGUUUAUCAGCCCGGAUUCCCUGGUGGUUCAGGACCAGUAUGUAUUCAUCCAGGUACCAAUGGGUGGCCGGCCUGUCCAUUAUGUGUCAUACAAAAGAAAUGCUUUCUUCCCCAUGAAGCUGCCUAAGUACACAUUUCCAAAGGACUUGCAGAUAAUCAGCACAGAUGAUAACCAGGUGGUGGCAGCAGUGCAGGAUUGGCACCAGAAUGACUCCUACAACUUGUACAUGUCAGAGGCCCACGGUCUCUUCUUCACUCUGGCCCUGGAGAACGUAGUGAGCAGUGGGGGACCAGAGGGCAACGUCAUGAUAGACCUCUAUGAGGUCGCAGGGAUAAAAGGGGUGUUCUUGUCAAAUAAAGUUGUCGAGAACGAAGUGAAAACAUUUAUCACUUACAAUAAGGGGCGAGACUGGCGUCUUCUACAUGCUCCGACCACUGAUCUGAGCGGUACCAGACUCUACUGUGUACAGCCCUAUUGUUCAUUGCACCUGAAUCUCCAUGUGUCUGACAACCCGUACACGUCUGGAAACAUAGUCAGCAAAGAAUCAGCUCCAGGAAUUAUAGUAGCAUCAGGUACCAUUGGGCCUGAGCUGACCGCCAAUAAUGUCAGCAUUUUCAUCACCUCAGAUGCUGGCAACACUUGGAGAGAGGUAUUUGAGGAGGAGUAUAGCAUCCUCUUUCUUAACCAGGGCGGUGCCCUAGUGGCCAUUCGACACACACCUCUCCCCAUCAGACACAUUUGGUUGAGUUUUGAUGAGGGAAGACACUGGAACAAAUUCAGCUUUACCUCCUCUCCUCUCUAUGUAGACGGAGUCUUAGGAGAGCCAGGGGAGGACACCCUCAUCAUGACAAUAUUUGGCCAUUUCAGCCAUCGUUCUGAAUGGCAGCUUGUCAAGAUUGACUUCAGGCCCAUCUUCAACAGAAGGUGCACCACAGACGACUAUCAGACCUGGCAGUUACACAAUGAUGGUAAAGUCUGCAUCAUGGGAGUGAAGAGACUCUUCCAGAAUCUGAAGCCCGAUGCCAGAUGUGUCAAAACCAAAGAUCAGUACAUCUCCCAGAUGUCAGACUCCUGUCCAUGCACUGAGGCUGACUUUGAGUGUGAUUUUGGCUUUGAGAGGCAGAGUGAUGGAGGAUGCACGGCUGCCUUCUGGUUUGUUCCAUCCUCCGUGUCCAGAGACUGCACCACCGGAGACAGCUUCCUAAACACUACAGGAUACCGUAAGGCUCUGUCCAAUAACUGCACUGUGGGAACCCUUGGGAAGUACCGCCUUAGGAGGCAGAGGUGUCCCCACCAGGCCCCCAGAGGUCUGCAGCUGGUCACCAGUGAGGGAACACUCACAGCCACCCUGGGGAACAACGUGACCCUCCUGGUGUUUCUGGAGGAGGGUGACGGCUCCACAACAAGUAUAACAGUGGACUUUGGAGACGGGACGGCCAUAUCCUACGCUAACAUCAGCUCCAUAGAGGAUGGGGUCAAACAUACCUACAGUAAAGUGGGCAUUUACCAAGUGGCUGCCAUGGCACUCAACAGCCUGGGCUCUGAGAGAGUCUUACUAUACCUGCAUGUUACUUGUACACUUGAGCAAGUGCAGCUUUCAGCUCCCUCUGUGGUUGUUAGGAAUAAAGCAGUGGAUCUAUCAACAGUCCUGAAGCCACGUGAUGUUGGAACAGUCACCUACUACUGGUGGUUCAACAACCACACUGAGCCUGUCGUGACUUUAGUGGGAGGAAUGUCCUUCACCUUCUACAAGGAGGGAACUCAUACUGUCACCGUGCAAGUGUCAGCAGGCAACACAGUCCUUCAAGACAAAAUAACUGUUGCAGUCUAUGAAUAUUUCCGGUCACACGUUUUAGCAUUCUCCUCUAAUCUGGACGCCUUCAAUCCUGCUGUGGCUGAAUGGAGACAGGACAUCAGUAGAGUGGUCAAGGACUCCAUGGUCCAAGUCACAGGGAUCAAUGGAGAGCAGCUUCUGGUGUCAGUGCUCCCAGGGUUGCCAACGGCAGCAGAGUUGUUUAUCAUCCCAGAGAAAAGGCCAACAGAGGGGACGAUGAAUAGAAAAGGGACACAUUUAGAGCAGCUUUCUCAGGUCCUGCUAAGUGCCCUGAACCAGGACCUCAUCCAGUUUACUCUGCGGCCCGGGGUUCAGGUUAACGUUUACCCCACACGACUGUCUCCAGCUCCUCUCGUGGACACCAGUGAGAGUGGGCACAAUGGUGCUGCAGUCAUUAUGCUCGUGUCUGUAGUAUUUGUGGGUUUGGCAGUUUUCGUUAUCUUCAAGUUCAAAAGGAAGAUCCCUGGCAUCAACAUAUACACAGAGGAGAGGUCAGAGAAACAACAGGAAGUGAUCCCUACGGUGGCGUCCAUAGCUGUCCCAAAUCCUGAGGGAGACAUGGUGACCUCUUUGGAGCACUUGGACACAGGGCCAGAUGCACGUGGCAUAGGAUACCUGCCAUCUCUCACAGACAUCAAACUCUCCGAUGAAACUCCCCAUGUGUUUUAAUUCUCCGAGUCUACAGCCGACUUGUAAUACAUCUUUUUGGCAGUUACUUCCAGCAAACUCUGAAGUCAUGGAACCAAUGGAUGGUCUCGGGUGUUUUCUACCCAUGCAUGGACAGACCAGCUUACACUAUUUUGCCUGUACUCUGGGGGGAGGGGGACUGUACAGAUUUUUACAUGCGUCUUGAAAAAGGAAAUUUUUGAUCGAAUUACUUGUAUUUUUGCAAGAACAUUGAAGUUGUUUAUGGGAAUUGUGUAAAUACAGAAUUGCUGAACUAAAGAUGAUUUGACUCAGAUGGUUACAGUUGUGUAUAUGACCUCAAGACAUAAAACAGUAAUGUACAGUAAUCUUGAGUGUUCCAUUUAUAGUUCAACUCUAGUGGUAGGUGUGUGGAGGAUAUGUAAGUGAAGUGUACUUAGUGACUAACUACAUGGAAAUGCUGUGUUUGAAUGAGAUGUGAAAGAAAUGUCUGAAUGUUUGGUUUUAUCACAUUGGCCUGAGUUCUAACUUGAGAUUCAUGCACAAAACUCUGCACUUGUUUCUCAAAUUUGGUUUCAGCCCAUAAGGCAUGCGCUAGUUCAAUCAGUGACCUGAGACCUGUCAUAUUGACUGUGUUAUGCCAUUCUUAUGACAACGUUAUGACAGAUCCUAUGUUUUAUCUGCUGGUUGUAAGAGGAUGGAACUUUUCACUUAGUACAUAUCAAUAUCAGACGAGAUCUUUCCCACUGGGCAAAAACUGGUUGAAUCAACGUUGUUUCCACGUAAUUUCAACUCAAAUUGUGAUGACAUUGAAUCAACAUGGAAAACUGAUUGGAUUUGGUCACCAACGUAAGGGCAUUUCACCCAACUUUGAACCUAAAUCCAAUGAUAUGGUGUCAUGUUAGUUGACAACUCAACCAAAUGUAAAUCCAAACUAGACGUUGAACUGAAAGUCUGUGCUCAGUGGGUUGGCUCUGCUGGAAUCUGCCUGAAUCAGAAGUUGAGGGCACACUUAAAUUGGAGUGCAGUCCUUGCAGAAAGAAACUGGUAGACCCCAGGGGCUUGCAUGAGAAGGUUAUAGUUCACGACUUACCAUGCAGACUUCAUGUCUGUCAAAGCUAGGAUUUUCUUUUGCACAUAAGAAAGGGACAUACAGUAUCUGCAUGCUUUUUUCUUUACAUUUAUUCUCACACUAGAUAUGUGUCAUGGUAUUAACUCUGGAUGCUACCACUCAACUUACAGUAUUGUUGCACACAUUGCCAUCGGAACGUCUUUACUUGGGAAAAACGUAGGGGAAAGAUUCACUUCCAAUCUCCUCGUUUUCCAAAUUGGGACUGAGAAAUGGAAGAAUAUUCCUUCUUGUCGACAGUCUGCUAGCCUGAGAUGACUGACAGUUUUCGGUUGGUUGGCUGUCUCUUUGAGAGAGGCACAGAAGUUCUGAAUCAAACUCUCUUUUAAUGUAUUGUCAGCAUAACAUGUCAGUUAGACAAAUUAACUAGACGCUAUCCACUUGCCUCCACACUCCUUCAAUACAGACUAACACAUAAAUGAACUCAACAACUCAAACCAUACAUCCAGCAAUUCCGUUUUUAUUCAUAGCUUGGUAUUUCUAAAACAACACUUUGUUACGCUUUGUUAAGCAUACUGUGCAAGAAAACUGUACAUAUUUGUUUUCAUGUUAUUUGUUGUUCACCUCACAAAGAGUUACAGCUAAUAUGUAUUUGGAGAAAUGUAAAAGUACUUUCCAUUUGCAAACAGGCUAUAGCUACAGUAGGUCCUCUACAGCCCCGUUUAUACCUGGUGCUAACAUAUGUCCCUUUUCCUGAUCUUAUCCACAUUCUGAUUGUGCCCUUAUUGUAGCCAUUUUGUAACCUUUAUUUAACUAGGCAAGUCAGUUAAGAACAAAAUCUUAUUUACAAUGACGGCCUACGCUGGCCAAACCCGGACAACACUGGACCAAUUGUGUGCCGCCCUAUGGGACUCCCAAUCACAGGCGGUUGUGAUACAGCCUGGAAUCGAACCAAGGUGUCUGUAGUGACACCUCAAGCACUGAGAUGCAGUGCCUUAGAUCGCUGCGCCACUGCAUUUACACAUGGUAGUAAAAUGUGUCUUGUAGACAUCCACUGUGUACCUAUUGCGACCAGAUAUCCUGGUCUGUCCCUGUAUGCAAAUUAUUUAACAGAUAUUCUUUCAAAAUUAUAUUUACUUAUUGUAGGACACAUAUAGAUUCCAUAAGUCAAUGGUGUCACCUGUCAAGGACUUUAGGGGAUGGGAUAGUGAUGAUUUCACAGUCAAUAUCCGUCGACACUUGAAAGAUAUCCAGACACAAUGCAUUUUAGACUACCUCCGGAGGUGGUCAGGAAGAUCUGAUCACAAUCAGAUCACAAUGCUUAUUUUUUAAUCAACUACACCUAUUUAAAAAUGUGGGCACAAUCAGAAUGUAGACAAUAUCAGGACAAAGGACACAUGUUAGAAUCAAGUAUAAACGGAACUUACGGUUCAUCAAUUCAGAUGUCUUUUUGGGUGAUAUCCUUCCAUACCAGACAAUGUGAGUUGAAAUAAUACACGUCAAAAAUACUGGCAAUAUUAAGAUCUAGAGGGUCAAACAUAAUUAACAUGAUCUUUUUUGGUUCAAGAUUAUCUGCAACUAUAUUUUUAUUUGUUUUUGUUUAAACUUUAUUUUAUCAGGGAGUCAUAGUGAGACCGAGGUCCCUUUUACAGAAAAUGCACACAUCAAUAUAAAUACUAAAUGUAAGCUGAAAGAAAAACACGGUCAUAAAAAACAAACAAGUUCAUCAGUAAUAAGAUCCUCAAUCAGCUUUCUAAACUUGCCCUAAAGGGACCAGAUCAUCACAUUUAAGAACAUGUUGAAGACUGUCACACAAAUAACGUGCAAGAAAACUUAAAGCUGAUUUACCUAACUCAGUAGAGACCAAAGGAUUUUCCAGAGUUAGGCAUCCCUGAGACCAGGUGUGGUAACUUUAAUGUGUAAAGUUUAGUAAUGAUGUUCUGUAUAGAGGUACAUUUUGUAUAGUGGCACAAAAGGGUUUUAUAAAUGAAAACAUAGCAAUGCAUCAAUUUACGUGACGUCAAAGAGGGCCAACCAACUCUCUGGUAGAGAAUGCAGUGAUGAGUACUAAAACUGUAAUAAAGCGUAGUGCGCAUCUAACGGCUUUAA